AGAGCGUGCGCGCACGUUUGUCAGUCUCUUGACAAUAUCGCGAGGAGAACAACCAACGCGACGUCGUCUACCACACACAGACGACCGUUUCAGUUAGACAAAAGAUAUCCUGGCUAAUGAACUAACUCCAGUUCAAAGUACCCUAUAUAAGCUUUCGAAAGAAGACCACGUUAAAAGUCAUAUUCUAUCCGCAUUAGGAUCCUGUGUAUUUCUUUGCUGCAAUAUCUAUUAAGGAUUGUAUGCGAAAUGGGUGCGUUGGAUUGUGUCAAUGUUAACAGGAUAACGCCUACGGAAAGUACCGAAGUGUUUGCGGUAAAUGGAUCUGAAACAUCAUUGGAUAAGACGAGACGCGGCGACAUUGAGUCGCAACUGCUGCACAGCCAUGCGAGCGGUAAACGGCAUAGCAUCUGGUGGCGUCUAGGGAUAGACCUGCCUUUGUUACUACUAGUAUUAAUACUUCCACCACUACAAGAGCUGGGUAUAUUCCCUCAGCAUAAAAGCGGUUUCUUCUGCAAUGAUCCAGCUCUCAGCUACAAAUUCACAGGCGACACUGUAUCUGCAGCUGUCAUUGUGACAUCUAUCAUCGUGUCUCCAUUUAUACUGAUAUGGAUAACUGAGCUGAUAUUGUUAGAUUCAGAGCUAAAAAUAUGUGAGAAGAUGAAACAUUCAGUAAAGCAAGCUCUCUUUCUGUAUCGUAACUACGCUUACGGCUUGGUCUUUAAUAUUGUAGUUGUUGAAGUUAUGAAAGGCAUCACGGGGAAUCCUAGACCGACCUUCUUUGAUAUAUGUGAGCCUGAUACCGCCAAAACUUGUAAUGGGUCAGAAUACGUGAGCACAUUUGAGUGUACAUCGACCAGAUAUUCUGCGUGGUAUCAGAUGGAUUCCUACCACAGCUUCCCUUCAGGACACACCUCGCUCUCCGUCUACUGUGGACUGUUUAUAGCGUGGUACUUACAACAACGUGCGUUCGAUUGGAGACACCGUAGUGUCCUUGCUGUGCCUGUGCUUCAACUGGUGUGCCUCACAUACGCCGCUGUCUGCUCUCUCACCAGGAUCACUGAUCGUAGACAUCAUUGGUGGGAUGUCCUAACUGGCGCUGUAAUUGGAGCUAUAUGUGUAUUUUAUACUGUACUAGUCCUUUGCAAAAACUUUUCUAACUUAAAAGAACAGAAAAGGGAGAAAAGGAUCGUAACACCAGUACAGUCCAACAGAACUUCUAUAUACGACACCAGGCUGCAGGGACCUCUUACUUAAACUUAGGUUACUUAAAGAUAACUUGGAACUUAGUAUCAAUUACUAGAUGUAAUAAUAUUUAUGAGGAAAUGCAAUUUCAUGAUUAAACGACAUUAGACAUAUGGAUGUAGCUAAUAAUUAAAUGCCUAAUUAAAGUAUAUUUAUUACUGUUAUAUUUAGUAAUACAAGUGGACAAUGACAGAGCUUUGUACAGACUGCAAAAAAGUUUUCACUUUAAUAUAACCUGUGGUAUUUGCAGUGAUACUUGUAAAAAUAUUGUUAUCUCUCUUCCAUCAACGAGAGUGAAAGAGACAACGAUAGGAGUUCAAGACAAAAUCAUUAUCAAAUUUAUGGAAAAAAUAUGUCGUAUCUUAAGGCCCUUCGUACACAAGGGAGCGUAAAUCUUCGAAAUUAAUAUUGUAUAUUUGGGUUGCACGCGCUCCGUUUAAAAUCGAAUCGUCGACGCGAGUUGUCUAUUCAGCCAGUACAGGGAUAGUAACUAAAUAAU